AUGGUACAAACCCGAGAGGUGCCAAUACGCGUGAAAGCGCUUGAUGAUAAUCCAGAAAAGUCCGCGACAUUCAUUUUUCUACAUGGGCUGGGUGACGAUGCUGGUGGAUGGGUCAAUAUCGCGCAACAAUUCCAAUCGGCCCAAAAGUUACCCUAUCUGAAUUGGAUUUUCCCAAAUGCAUGUUUUAAUCAAGAGGCUAGCACGAACGCGUGGUACACACCGACUGCUUUCUCUCCGAUACCUGUAGGGAGGUCUUCUUCGGGAAAUGCUUCAGACUCAGAACACCGGGAAGAUCACAAUGAGGCUACUCAACUUGAAAUCCUCGAAUCCGCAGAGUAUAUUUGCACAUUGGUUGAUCAAGAAAUCGAGAAUGGCAUCGACGUGGAACGCAUUGUCAUCGGCGGUUUUAGUCAAGGAUGCGCUGUUGCUCUUAUUACAGGCCUUGGAAGCAGAUAUGCUGGGAAAAUUGGUGGGAUCGUGGGAUUAUCUGGAUAUCUUCCUGACGGAAAGGUCAUUGAAAACGCGAUGAAGUCCACUGAGGGAGACGGCAAAAUGAAGCUUUUCUUAGCCCACGGAGCAAGAGAUAUGCUUGUACCUAUGAGAAUCUUCAGAGCUUCGAAAAAAAGAUUGGAAGAGAUACUUGGUGAAGAGAAUCUUGAUACACCUACAUACGAAGGAAUGGGCCAUACAUCAUGUGGAGCCGAACUUAGAGACUUGUGCAGUUUCCUAGAAAAAGUCGUACCAGCGUAA